AAGGAGUUCUACAGGUGACAGCUGAGCAGACCAAACAUCAUAGUGAAUCAUGAAGUGGGCUAUCGUUCUGUGUGCCAUGGUGGCACUCUCUGAGUGCAUUAUCCAGGUGCCCCUGAUCAAAGGGAAGAGUGCUAGAGAGAGUCUGGAGGAGCAGGGUUUGUGGGAGGAGUUCAAGUUGAAGUAUCCAUUCAACCCCAUCAAGUUUCAAGACCCUCGUCUCUACGUCGCUGGCGAGCAGAUGACCAAUGAUGCUGAUCUGGCUUAUUUUGGAGUGAUCUCCAUUGGAACACCCCCUCAGUCCUUCACUGUGAUCUUUGACACUGGCUCGUCCAACCUGUGGGUUCCUUCUGUCUACUGCAACAGUGCAGCCUGUGAAAACCACAGGAGGUUCAGCCCUGGUCAUUCAUCCACCUUCAGGAACGCUGGCAGGAGCCUAUCCAUUCAGUAUGGUACUGGCAGCAUGACUGGUUUCAUGGGCUAUGACACAGUUGGGGUGGGUGGGAUCUCUGUGCAGAACCAGAUGUUUGGGCUCAGUCAGACCGAGGCUCCCUUCAUGGCCCACAUGAAGGCUGAUGGCAUCCUGGGUCUGGCUUACCCACGCCUUGCUGCCUCUCAGGCCACCCCCGUCUUCGACAACAUGAUGAACCAACAUCUCGUCGACCAGGACAUUUUCUCUGUCUACUUGAGCAAGAACUCUGCUGCAGGUAGUGUGGUGACCUUCGGUGGGAUUGACCCCAACCACUACCAAGGCUCGAUCGCAUGGAUCCCUCUGUCCUCUGAGCUGUACUGGCAGAUUACCGUUGACAGUGUGACUGUGAAUGGUCAGAUUGUGGCCUGUAGUGGUGGCUGCCAGGCUAUUGUGGACACCGGCACCUCAAACAUUGUGGGACCUCAGGGUGACAUUGAUAGGAUCGCAGGUGCUGUGGGAUCUUAUUCUGCCAACGGCGAUAACGUGGUGAACUGUAACAGCGUUAACAGCAUGCCAUCGAUUGUCUUCAACAUUAACGGACAAGCCUUCACCCUCUCAGGGUCGACCUAUGUCCGCCAGUCUCCGUAUUAUGGCUGCCGUACCGGUCUCCAACGUAGUAACUCCAACCUGUGGAUCCUGGGUGAUGUCUUCAUCAGACAGUACUAUUCCAUCUUUAACAGAGCCCAGAACAUGGUGGGCCUUGCCCUGGCUAGAUAAUUUAAUAUAGAUCAGCAAUGGAUCCCAUGAAGAUAUGAACAACAGCUACAUAAACAUCACUGCUCUCAAGUGCAAUUUAAAGAUUGUUUGUGGGUUGUUUAUAAUUGAAAGUGAAUCAUUACAUGCUGUGUUUAAUUGAUUAUGAUUUCACCCCCCCCCCCUCAAAAAUAUUAAAUAAGUUGUAUCAUUA